AUGAUUUUGGCGCCUGUGUCGCUUCUACUCAUUCUAGUCUCCGUGGUUGGAGCACUCACAGCAACACCCGCACAAACGGCCGUCUCGAACGUCGCUACAGAGACCCCUUCACCAGUAACCACAGCGCCAGUCAACAUCGAACGCCGCGAAUUCUCGAUAUCUAUUCCUCCGGUCUCUAUCCCAAGCUUAUCGCUUGAUUUGCCCGUGAACACAUGCACGCCAACCAUCGCCCCGGACAAGAACGGCUGGGUUCCAGCCUCCGAAUGCAAUGCGCUCUACCUCUAUUACCCUUCAUUCGGCGCUGCAAUUGCGUUCACCGUUAUCUUUGGGGCGGUGAUGCUAGCGCAUUUCAUUCAGGCUACUAUUUAUAGAGCUGGAUUCGUGUGGGUUAUCCUUAUGGGAGCAACUUGGGAAUGUGUAGGCUUCCUUACGCGGUCUCUGGGUACCCGCGACCAGCAGAGCUCUGCACUGGCAACAACAUCUCAGUUGUUUAUUCUACUCUCUCCAUUAUGGGUUAAUGCCUUUGACUAUAUGGUCCUUGCCCGCAUGAUUCAUUUCUUCCUCCCAAGCCGAUCUAUCGGUAUCUUCAAGCCAGCCAUGCUAGCAAAGAUCUUUGUGAUUCUAGACUUUGGUGCCUUCAUCAUCCAGCUUAUUGGUGGCGGUAUGGCUGGUCCUGGCCAAACGCCGGAGGCCGCAAUGCGAGGCAUCCAUAUCUAUAUGGGCGGUAUUGGUAUCCAGGAAUUUUUUAUCAUCCUUUUCCUCAUCCUUGCCAUUCAGUUCCAUUAUCAAAUGCUCCACCUUGAGCGCACGGGAAGGUUGUCAGAUAUAAAGCGAAAAUGGAGGCCUCUCCUAUAUUCGCUCUAUACGAGCCUUCUUUUUAUUACUGUUCGUAUUAUCUAUCGCCUAGUGGAGUUUUCAUCCGGACAUACUGCCUCGAAUCCUAUUCCGCACCACGAAUGGUAUAUGUACGUCUUUGAUGCAGUUCCAAUGCUGGCCGCUAUCGGGGUUUGGAAUAUUGUCCACCCAGGGAAAAUCCUUCGCGGCCCUGACGCCAAAAUGCCAUCCAGUGGUCUUAGAAAGCUGUUCUGUUGUGCAUGCUGUACCUGCUGCGGCCAGCGCAAGCAUGCGAACUUGCAGAAAUUACCUAGCUCAGAGCCGGUUGCUGGCGAUGAGAUGCUGCCCUUUCGCCAUCGAGCUCCCUCGCCCUACCGAUAG